AUGAUCAAGAUCUGGUCGCUCAAGAAGGAGCAGGAGGCGAGCGCGAAGAAGAAGCCCAAGACGACGGCGGCGCAGCUUCGUGUGCAGAAGGAGCUCGAACUGCCCGACACGAUGAAGAUGGUCUUCCCUGACCCCGCCGACGUGCUCAACUUCACGCUGGCGCUGACGCCCGACGAGGGCAUCUACAAGGGCGGCGUGUUCGACUUCACCUUUGCCAUCAACCUCAACUACCCGCACGAGCCGCCCAAGGUCCGGUGUACGCAGAAGAUCUACCACCCCAACCUUGACCUUGACGGCAACGUGUGUCUCAACAUCCUCCGCGAGGACUGGAAGCCCGUGCUCAACCUCUCGAGCGUCAUGGUCGGCCUGCAGUACCUCUUCCUCGAGCCCAACCCGGACGACCCGCUCAACAAGGAGGACCUCCGACGUAACCGCGACGUGUUCGCAACCAACGUCAAGAACUCGAUGCGCGGCGGCUCGGUCCGCGGCGAGACCUUUGACAAGGUCGCCAAGUAG